GACAACCCCGUCAACAACUUUAGGGCCGUGUUGAAGCGAGUUUCGCACAGGGCGCCAUACAAGCUAGAAUCGCCACUGCCUCACAGAUCAUUUAUUCUACCAUCCAUUCACACCCCUGUUUUGUAGUCUUGUUCCAAACAGGCUGUUUUAGUGUCUGUAGCUUUAAAUGCAAAGGAGCUGCUGCUCCCCACACCCCUUUUUGGAAGUGGGCUGUGCCUUUCCAUCUGGUGCCAUGGAUACCCACCAACAACAAUGCAGGAGAUCUUAAACAUUUAAAAAAUUAUAAAUAACACAGAGAACACACUUAAGACAAUCAUCUUACUGUAUUGUGCAUAACAAAGGUCGAGAUAUGAAAUAUGAAAAACAGCUAUAGUUGUCGAAAAUACCACUGUCGUUUCAUAAUCGUUUUUGAAAUAGUGACUAGUUCUAUUACACGGAAAAUCAUCAUUGCAUGACCACUCAAGCGGGACUGUGGAUGACGCCAAUCAGUUUAUAUCGUAACCGAAGCAGGGCUACAGCUUCUUUGUUAUGGAGGAAGGUAGUUAGGGACUAGUUGCUACGUUACACAAAGCACAAUGUUUUCACAACAAGCGUUUUUUGCGCAAAGUGCAAACAAGCAAAUUCAGAAAGCCAAAUUGCAAACAUUAAAAAAGUGUAAAGUGUGAAGGCUUGCAAUUCUGAAGUUGGGUCGUGGAGAGUUGGUAUUGGUCCAUCCUUGAUCCUUCGCUUUGAAGCAAAUCCAGCCUUGUUUUGACCAUCGUUGAUGAAGCAGUCCGAAUUAGCACAAGCGGCUCUAGCGAGAAGAUAAAUAUGGUGGACUGUGCGCUGCUCGCUCCGGUUUAAUGAGGACGGAUCUAAGCUACUCAGGCGGAUCUCUUCGCCAGCCGUGGGCGGUAACUUUCCCCUUUUGACAUCAUUAGGGGCUGCAAACCUGAACGGCUCAUUCGGAGACACUGUUUUUUUAUUGAUGGGGAAAGGAAAGAAAUGAGGGGAUGGUCUUUUACCAUAUUUUGUGGUUGUCUGCAUACACUGGGGACACACAAUUAUGUUAAAAACAAUUAAAAAGUGUAUUUUGCAUAAUAUGUCCCCUUUAAUUCUGCUCUGACAUGGAUUCUGCUGCUCAAAUUGUGACUUUUGACCCUGAAUAGAUGCCAUCAACUGGAUUGGAUCUGCAUAAUCUCUUUAGGGCAGUAGAGGGCAGAACAUUACCAUUUACCUCACUGGUUAAAGUUUUUUCAGUGAAAGUAAAUGAAUACUAGGUGAUUCUGAUAUUGCACAGAAUUGUAAAGUAACUGUUUUUUUUUUCUCAAUGUUGAGAGAAGACAUUUUGAGGAAAACCUGAAUAAGCAGCAUAAUUGUGAAAGAGGUUUAAAAGAGGCUCAGAGAGAACUUUCUGAAUCAGCUAAAGGAGUGUUUACACUGACAGCGAUUUGCAGCAACAAAGUGACCGGAAGUCAUUCAUUUGCAAAGAGAGUGGGCAGUUUGAGCUGACGUAAGCGUCAGACACUGCUGACGAUGUGAUGAGACGCAAUGCAGCACCUACCAAUGGGAGCACAGACAGUGAAGCUCACGAAUCUGCCACUUGAUGCAGUUGGAUAUUGCAGUCAAGUCAGAACGGCUGCUUGAAACCAACAGUACUUCAACUUGGUGACCUGCACCAAUUUAUUCACUGUCAGUCUGAACAUCCUUUAAGGGUCAACAUACUGGUCAACUCUUGUUGCAGUGACAACAACCCUUGCCUUCCCUCAAAAUGGAUUUUUUGGCGACAAUCUAGUAAGACAUUCAAGAAGAAGAAAAAAAAACAUUUGAAAGUAUUAUUGAACAUUCUGGGGCGGCACAGUGGCUCAGUGGGUAGCACUGUCGCCUCAAAGGAGGGUUUGAGUCCCAGCUCAACUGGGCCUUUCUGUUUUGAGUUUGCAUGUUCUCCCUGUGUUUGUGUGGGGUGCUCCGGUUUCCCCCACAGUCCGAAAGACAUGCAGUUAUGUUAAUUGGAGACCCUAAAUUGCUGUAGGUGUGAGUGAGAGUGUGAAUGUGUAUGUCUGUGUGUGUUGCCCUGUGAUGGAGUGGCCACCUGUCCAGGGUGUUUCCCUUGCCCUACAUAGGACAAGUGGCUAUAGAAGAUGAAUGGAUGGAUGGAUUGCGAAAGUCCCAUCCAGAGUUCUUCUGGCCACGUCCAAUUACCAAACUGUGUGUGUGUACAGAAUGGCAUUAAGCACUCAAAUGUGAAGUGACAACCGGAUUUAGCUGAAGUAUGUAUGUGGCCAAUAUGUAUGCAGAUUUCUUGCACGCAAUCAAGCAGGCUUAUCUCACUGAGGAUCUCCCUUUAAAGCCUGCAACACAACAACUUUCUGUUUGAUUUCAUUUAACCUCGGAGUCAUAAGCCAUAUUCAUUUGGCACAUGGAAUGUUACCAUUGAUAACUGCAAAGCAUUUGUAAAUAACUAUUUGAGGUGAAGUCCAAGUUGCAAAGCAAUGGACGUAUUCCUUCAACAGCAGUUUUACAAUGUGUCUGAUUGUCCACAAACGCACAGAGAGCACCCAGAAGCCAUUGCCCCUUUUGAAUAUUAAAAUUUGUAAAUAAUGUCAGCCCGUCUUACAUUACUGUUGACAGUUCCUGUAAAUAAUAAUAAUAAUAAUAAUAAUAAUAAUGGAUGUUUCCAUUUAACAAAUAUCAAGAAUUGACUCCAUGGAGAGAAGAGACUUUAUUUAAAGGGCAACACAUUUCUAUCAAGCUUAUAACACCAACACAUGGAUGUCUUAUGCCCUUUUAUUCAAGUGUCUUCUACAUUGUCAGUUAUGAAGGAGCACUAUGUGGACUCCACAUGUGGAUGGAUUCAUCAGACUCGUUAAUGGGACAGUUGCUGUUUUUGGGGGGUGUUUAUUGUGUCAGUAAAGGCGAGUUCAUUUCCAUCUUGAAGUAAUCCUGUAUGAGUUUCAAUUGCUCUGUGCAAUAGGUCAAUCUGAUUUCAGAUUAUAGAGACACCUCAAAUUCCAAGCAAACCUGAUUUAUUUAUUUGUAUGUUGUUGUUUUUUUUAUAUAUAUAUAUAUAUAGUCUGUUAAUAACGGUUCCUUGUCUAAAAUAUGCAGAGGUACUUUGGUUGAUUUAUGUUCUCAUGUUGUCCUGACACCACAUGCAACAUAAAUCUGUGGCCCCAGUCAAGCUGGAGUCAUUGCAAUGGUUAUCAAGCCUGCAAUUUCAUCAUUUCUACUCCUUGUAACUAAGCAGAACAACAGAACAGUCAACAAACCAGUGUGGAUUGUACAGCAGCUGUACGUAACGUCAUUAACAGCAUUGUUUGAACCAGUGAGGUUCAAACAAUGGAUGAGCUGAUUAGCAACACAGAUUUUGGUUUCGGGAAACAAUGUGACUUGCUACUUAGUUUCUCCAUCUAUGUAUCUUGCUGUGGUGGGCUGGAUGUGAGCUAUACGUCGUUGCAUGGGAAACACACCUUUGUUUGUUUGAGCAGUCAAGCAUAGCAACAUUGGCCCACCGAAUGGCGUGAGUCUGGGGCGGAGCUAUCUGUUUGGAAUGCAAUGGGAGACGGGGAGUUUUAGGGAAGUUAGUCAUUUUUUGGGAUCCCUUUUGAUUCCAUUUGAAGUGAUGCAGAAAAUUGCACAAUGCCACUUUAAUCAAGUCAAAUAUCAAAACCUUCAAUAAACGUGAGAAGUAAUUUCUGGUAAGAAGAAGCAACAAAGUUUGUUAGUGCAGAGAAAUGAUGGGGUGUGCCAACAGAGGGCAGCAUAGAUACCAAAACAUUUACUCUGGAAUCCAAUUUUACACCCGACAGGAUAAGUUACAACAAUCGUAAACGUUAGACCAGCAUUCACCUUGUUGAAUGUAGACUCUGGGAUUGACUGUCUAAUCGUCAUCAUCAUCAUCAUGUCAUGAAUAUUCCACUAUUUCUUCAUUGUAUUCUUUUUUUUUUUUUAGCACUUACAUUUAAUGUUAGAUUCAUUUUGAGGAACGCUUCGAGCGCAACAGUCGGGUUCCGGAAGUAGAAAUCACAUUAAUUUUCUCAAUAGACAAAUAGGCUAGAUUUUAUAAACCUUUAAAGACAAACCUACCAUGAGCUCCGAUGUUCUUCAUUGAUGGUAUAUGCUUCUGUUGGAGCCAUCAGUCCACAUUAUUUCAGCUCAUUUAAAAAAAUCAUGUUUAAUAGUAGAAUUAUAGGAAUUCAUAUCUGGUGAAGAAUGGCACUAUCCAUGAUCCUAAAGGGGGAAAUCACCAAUCAGAGAACCGCACGCUACCAUGACGCACUGUGAAUGAUGCAAACGAGUUGGUCUCCCUACGCUCUCGAACUACUUAUGUAUUUGUAUACAGUAUAUACGAAUAUUUUGCAAUUAAAUGAAACUAAAUAUAUUGUUUCUAUACUUAUAAUCAACAACCUAAAAUAGUUUCAUAUUUUCUACCAUCAUUUUUCUUUUAUUUUUAUUUUUAAUUUGGAAUGCCCAAUUCCCAAUGCACUCCAAGUCCUCGUGGUGACGUAGUGACUCGCCUCAAUCUGGGUGGCGGAGGACGAAUCUCAGUUGCCUCCGCGUCUGAGACCGUCAAUCCACGCAUCUUAUCACAUGGCUUGUUGAGCGCGUUACCAUGUAGACAUAGCGCAUGUGGAGGCUUCAUGCUAUUCUUCGCGGCAUCCAUGCACAACUCACCACACGCCCCACUGAGAGCGAGAGCCACAUUAUAGCGACCACGAGGAGGUUACCCCGUAUGACUCUACCCACCCUAGCAACCGGGCCAAUUUGGUUGCUUAGGAGACCUGGCUGGAGUCACUCAGCACACCCUGGAUUCGAGCUCAUGACUCCAGGGGUGGUAGUCAGCGUCAAUACUUACUGAGCUACCCAGGCCCCCUUCUACCAGCAUUUUUAAUUCAAUUAUGUCAUUCGCAAUGCUUCAUGGGAUUGUAGUUCAUCCCCUCAUUAAAGACAUUAAGUCAGCAGUCUUCUACUGUUGUCUUUUUGUCCAACUUUCAAAUACCUUUUUACUGCGAAGUUUGUAAUGUGAUUCACCUCAGAGCUGGUUGGUUAGGUUCAUGGUUCACAACUCUUUUAUGAAGGAUUUUAUUAAAUACUUAUGGUAAAAUUAAUGGGAAAAAUACUUCCGGAAUUGUGUCUUGUGGGCGAGCACUGUUGCGCAAUAUUGAAUAGCAAUUAUUUCUGUAUAUCACAUUUAUCUCUGCUGUUUUAUAAUAAACAAAAUGCUUUAUGAUUACAUGCAUUAAAAAGGACAUUCAAGAUGACUGUAUGCCUGAUGUAUAUUUUCAAAUGAUGUGUGUUUGUAUAUUUGUGUUAGAAUGACAGAAAGGAAUACCUGGAAUGAGUUGGGUGGUAAAAGGGACAGGAAGUCGAUGACCAGGUUGGAAAGAAGACAAUCACUUUCAGUUAUCAUAGAGAAAGCACAUAAAAUUAUACAGUAGGAGAGCUGUGUAUUAUGUGGUUUAUUGUGUCAGAAUUAUAUUUAUAUUCGAGGGGAUGGAUUUCAGGCAUCCAGUGGGUACCAGAGGGCGGCACACAAACACACACAUAAACACACAUUUUCUAGGCAUGGAGCCUGCAGUCAGGGGGUGUGUCACACUUUGUACUGCUCUGAACUGAAAAUAAGGACUACGAACUAGACCAGGACUACAAACUCUUAACUGCCAGGAUACAGAAGGCUUCUGAUUGUCUCAACCCCAAAUCAGGUAUCAUUCUUCAGCCAAACACCUCUACCAGCCUGCCUUGUCAUGCCCACCACUGGAGCCUUAGAUCCAAAAUCGGAGGAUUUCUCCACUGCUAUUCUGAAACAGAAGAUUCGACCGAAUCGACUCAUAGUGGAUGAAGCUACCAAUGAGGACAACAGUAUUGUGUGCCUGUCACAGGUUAAAAUGGAGGAGCUGCAGUUGUUCCGCGGAGACACCGUGGUGUUGCGCGGUCGGAAGCGGAGACAGACAGUCUGCAUUGUUCUCACAGACGACACGUGUAGCAAUGAGCGUGUGCGCAUGAACCGGGUCACCCGUAACAACCUGCGGGUGCGCCUUGGUGAUGUCAUCAGUAUCAACGCCUGUCCAGAUGUGAAAUACGGGAAGCGCAUCCAUGUUCUACCUAUAGACGACACAAUCGAGGGGCUGACUGGCAACCUGUUUGAAGUUUUCCUAAAGCCUUAUUUCCUGGAGGCGUACCGGCCUGUUCACAAAGAUGAUAUUUUUCUAGUGAGAGGAGGUAUGAGAGCUGUGGAGUUUAAGGUGGUAGAAACAGACCCCGCACCACACUGCAUUGUUGCCCCAGAUACCAUUAUCCACUGUGAGGGAGUGCCUAUCAAACGAGAGGAUGAAGAGGAGAGUCUGAAUGAUAUCGGGUAUGAUGACAUCGGUGGAUGUCGUAAACAGCUGGCUCAGAUUAAAGAGAUGGUGGAGCUGCCUCUCAGGCACCCCGGCCUGUUCAAAGCCAUUGGCGUGAAGCCUCCGAGGGGGAUUCUGCUGUACGGUCCACCUGGCACAGGCAAAACUCUGGUGGCACGUGCUGUUGCUAAUGAGACAGGAGCUUUCUUCUUCCUCAUCAAUGGCCCUGAAAUUAUGAGUAAGCUAGCGGGAGAGUCUGAGAGUAACCUGAGAAAAGCUUUUGAGGAGGCUGAAAAAAAUGCCCCUGCUAUCAUCUUCAUUGAUGAACUGGAUGCAAUUGCUCCAAAACGAGAGAAGACUCACGGUGAGGUUGAGCGGAGGAUCGUCUCUCAGUUGCUCACCCUCAUGGAUGGCUUGAAACAACGCGUUCAUGUUGUCGUCAUGGCGGCAACGAACAGACCCAACAGCGUGGAUCCUGCUCUUCGACGCUUUGGCCGGUUUGAUCGUGAGAUUGACAUUGGUAUCCCUGAUUCCACCGGCAGGCUGGAGAUUUUACAGAUUCACACCAAGAACAUGAAACUGUCAGAUGAUGUGGACCUGGAAAAGAUCUCUGCUGAAACACACGGGCACGUGGGAGCAGAUUUGGCUGCUCUGUGUUCAGAAGCAGCGCUGCAGGCCAUUCGCAAAAAGAUGAUUCUUAUUGAUCUGGAGGAUGACAGCAUUGAUGCAGACCUGCUCAACUCACUUGCCGUCACCAUGGAUGACUUCAAGUGGUCUCUGAGUCAGAGUAACCCAUCCGCUCUGCGGGAAACGAUAGCCGAGGUUCCUCAGGUAAACUGGGAAGACAUCGGAGGACUAGAUGAGGUGAAGAGAGAGUUACAGGAGCUUGUGCAGUAUCCCGUGGAGUAUCCUGAAAAGUUUCUGAAGUUUGGAAUGACACCAUCUCGUGGGGUUCUGUUCUAUGGCCCACCAGGGUGUGGCAAAACUCUACUAGCUAAAGCCAUUGCCAACGAGUGCCAGGCUAACUUUGUGUCUAUUAAAGGCCCAGAGCUGCUCACUAUGUGGUUUGGUGAAUCAGAGGCAAACGUCAGAGACGUGUUUGAUAAGGCACGGCAGGCCGCUCCAUGCAUUCUAUUCUUUGAUGAGCUGGACUCCAUUGCCAAAGCUCGAGGGGGCGGGGCUGGGGAUGCAGGGGGCGCAGCUGACAGGGUCAUCAACCAGAUUUUAACAGAAAUGGACGGGAUGACCAACAAGAAGAAUGUCUUUAUUAUUGGUGCCACCAACAGACCUGAUAUUAUUGAUGCUGCAAUCCUGAGGCCAGGUCGUUUGGAUCAGUUGAUUUAUAUCCCUCUACCUGACACAGCCUCCCGCUCUGCCAUCCUAAGAGCCAACCUCCGCAAGUCUCCUAUCGCUAAGGACGUAGACUUAGCGUACCUUUCCCGGAUAACAGAGGGUUUCUCGGGGGCAGAUCUGACUGAGAUCUGCCAGAGAGCCUGUAAGCUUGCUAUCAGAGAAGCCAUCGAGGCAGAGAUCAGUGCUGAGAGACAACGGCAAGCCAAGAAAGAUACUUCUAUGGAUGAUGAUUACGACCCAGUGCCUGAGAUCAGGAAGGAUCAUUUUGAAGAAGCCAUGAGAUUUGCUCGUCGGUCUGUCAGUGAUAACGACAUACGAAAGUAUGAGAUGUUCGCUCAGACUCUGCAGCAGAGCCGCGGAUUUGGCAACUUUAGGUUUCCCACAGAAGUGCAGUCAGGUGAAGGUCAGGGGUCAGGCCAAGGCUCUGGGGGUCAUUUCAGAAACGAUGGGGACGAUGAUCUCUAUCAGUAAUUAAGGACAACUAUCAGCCCAACACCUGUGGUGUGUGAUACAGAGCGAGAAAAAAAAAAAAGAAAUU